AUGGCAGGCAACCCCGUAGACCCCCUCCAGACCCUCAGCGCCGCACUCGCAGUCCCAGCAGACUCGAAGGAGCAGGCCGACCUCCUCGCAACCCUGCGUGAAUCCCUCGAGACCCACCCCGGUCCCAUACCGAUCCUAUGUACCACACUCGUCAAGACCGUCUCCGGCGCGGGAGACUCGUUGCUGAAGAGAUGGGUUAUUGACCUCCUACACUUUGCCAUAUGCCGGUCGAGUCUGUCUAUCGACGCGCGCACUCAGCUUGCGUCGCAGUCGGUCGAAACGCUCGCCUCAUUACUCCACGACUCAAAUCCGACCACCGUGAAAGUGAGCGUGCAAUGCUUUGCGACGGUGUACCCGCUGUUGUUCAGGAUGCUAUGUGUGAACCGGAACUCGAGGGAUCUGUGGCAAGUGCUGUCGCAGACGAAAGUACGCAUCCUCGAAUUUGUCUGGUCGCCAACCGUCAGCAAUGGCAUCAAGUUCGCCGCCAUCAAAUUCAUGCAGAGGGCCAUCCUCGUACAGACCCGUGGCAUCAGUGACCCACGGUUGCAAAAGCAGAAUGACCCGAACCUCGCUAUGCUGCCCUCGGACCACCCUUUCAUGUCUGUUACCGCCCUGGAGGCCGAAGGCGUCGAGCUCAUGAAAGGCAUCUUCACGAUCCUUUACACCAGCAACAACCCCGACAUCAUCGUAGCGGUCAUAAACAGCUGGGCUUCCCUCAUAAAAGCCAGACCAGCCCUCACCGAAGUCCUCGUCUCCACCCUAGCACAAUGGACACCCGCCAAACUCGAGGGCCUGCCCGCCUUCAGCAUCAAAAGCGUCGAAAAGACGAUCCGCAUCCUCCUCAUCCACAUCUCCCGAACACCUCAAGGAUCCCCACUACAGCCCCAAAUCCACUCCGCACUCGCCACCCAGGCCAGCCGCAUGGAGCAGGCCGCCCUCGCAGAGAAGCAGCGCAAAGCAGCAGCGGCAGCCGAAGCCUCGCGCAAACGCUCAUCAUCCGCCACCCCCGCACAGGACGCGCCCGACGCGAAGCGGCCCAAGCUAGACCACGACACUGCCGCGGCCGCCGGCACCGCGGGCUUCGACUUCACGGGCCUGCCGACCGCGCUCGUGACGGACCUCGUCGUCGCGAACAUCCAGGCUUUCUCGGAGGCGACUCUCAUUGGCCUCGUGCAGGCGUACCGACAUAAGAGGACGCAGGGCGCUACGGCUGCUGCUGCGAAUGUCGCGGUGGCAUCCUCCCAAGUUCCACCGGAUACACCGGGUCCUGUCGAGGAGGCGACGGCUGAGCCUCCUCCGCGGAAAUCACCAACACCACCUCCUGUCGCCGUCAAGCAAGAGCCGGUAGACCCUCUCAAGAUGGACAUCGACGAGGAAGAGAUGGAGUACGAGCCGGACAGGCUCAACCUCGAGCUCUCGGGCGGCGAGCAAGAAACAGCCUCGCCCGAAGAAGCGGCGCUCGACCGGGAGAUGGACCUCACGGACGUGCUGCCGCCGACCCAGUUCCGCCUCCCGCCGCCACGCGAGUUCUCGGAGGACGAACGGGGGGCACUCGUGAAGGGCGCGCUCGCGCGGAUAUCCGAGGGCGCGAAGGACCUCGCGCCGAUGGACGUCGACUCCGCGGCGGAGGGCGUGGACAUGUGGAUGCUGCUCAUCGUGCGGCUCGUCACACGCGUGACGGACCCCGCGCCAGGGGUUGGGACGCCGGAUAAGGCGGAGGAUGGGAUGGACGUCGUAUCUGAGUUUUAUGCGCACCAGGAUCGGCUGAGGCAGACCCUGUGUGAGUAUAUCAUGGCGGACUUUCCGAGACGGUUACCACUCGCGACGACAUGGAUGAACGAGGAGUGGUAUAACGAUCGAAUACAAGAGGGUAGAGAUCGCAGCUGGCCGCCAAACUACGAAACCUGGUUGAACCAGAUUGUAUCUGCAUACCAGACACAUUUGGACGGCAAGGAUCGGACAUUUUCACGGUUUCUGCUUGAUCUUCCUCAUGUACCUCCUGACGUACUGCACCUCCUACGUGAUUCGUGCCCUGAAGCUGAUCGUCGGCAAAUGGGAUUCGCUGCGCUGCGAGAGUUCGUGACACAGCGACCCUCACUACGGGCGGAAGCCAUGACCAUCCUUCUUGAACUCACCACACAUCCCGACAAAAUCACUCGUGGCGCGGCGAUCAACACGGUGAAGCGGUGGAUCCCGGACGUGCAGCCCAUGGACAACAUGAUCCGCGAGUUCGCCUUACAGUUGCUCCGGCGCCUGCAGUCACGACCAAAGCGGGACAGGUCCGAAGACGUCCCCAUGAACGGCACGCACGACGAGCACAUGGAGGACGGCCAGCUGCCGCCUGAGGACAUCAUCCAGACGCCGUACCUCCCGGAGGAGCUCGAGCUCCCUGCGAAUAACGCGCAGAUUCUUCAACAUUUGGAGCUUCUGUUUGCGCUGUCGACGAAGGUUCCGGAGUUUCUGGACGAGAUCUUCGCGGCCUAUGGCGGCAUGGAGGAGACGGUGCAAGAGACUAUCCAGCAGCUCAUCACACCGCUCAUCCGCGCUCUGGGCUCGAGCCAUGGCAGAUUGUUGACGUUGCUGAGGAUGUUCCCUCCAGGCGCCGAGUCACUUGCGCUGCGCGUGCUGAAGAUAUUCACCGAGCACGGCCGGCCGAGCGCUCAACUUGUCAGUCUUGUCAAGUCGCUGGUCAGCGAGCGCGACCUCGAUCCGCGGUUCCUUGUUCCCAUCAUCGCGGAGAUGGACAAGGGCGACAUCGUACGGCAUCUGCCCCGCAUCGUCUCAAUAUUGAACGGGAAGCCUGAGCCUAAGAAUGUGGUUCGCUCAGUCUUCGGCUCGAUUGUCCAGACGCCUCCGCAGACGUUCGGAACGGUGUCAUCCAACCUACCCCGGGUCCAACAGAGCGAACGUCUAAGCCCUGCUGAGUUGAUGGUUCUCUUGCAUCAGACAGAGAAGGAGAUUGGCCUGAAGAGCGCCAUCGAGGCGAUUGGUAUCUGCUUCUCGAUGACAGACGUCUUCCGCUCGGAGGUCCUCGGCGCGUUCAUGAACCAGAUCGUCGACGAACCUGUCCUCCCCACGCUCUUCCUCCGAACCGUCAUCCAAGCCGUCACCACAUACCGCUCCCUCGUCAGCUUCGUCUCCACCACGCUCCUCUCCCGUCUCAUCACCAAGAAGAUAUGGACGAACGGGCCGCUGUGGGAGGGCUUCAUCCGCUGCGCGAAGCUGAUCGCGCCCGCGAGCUUCGGUGCGCUGCUGCAGUUGCCCAAGGACCAGCUUCGCGAGCUCGUGGACAAGCAGCCGAGUCUCAAGGCGGGCCUGCGCGAGUACGUCGUGAAGAAGGCGGGGAACCGCGCGCGGACGGCGGGGUAUCUGGAUAUAUUUGGGGAGGACGGCGAUGCACAGGCACAGGCACAAGAUGCGCCAGGGACAGCGGCGGUGGCGACGCCGCUUGCCAGUGCGGGAGGUGAGGAGCCGAGCAUGCAGGUGCCCGUGGUCCCGCAGAGUCCGGUGAUGCCGACAUGA